AAAUUAUCCAGGAUGUCAAAAUCUCUUUCAAACGAUGAACAGGAGUCUUGUCGUGCAUGUAAAUUCAGUCUUGUGAUGUUUUUUGUGUGUGUUUGCUGAGCUGUAAAACAUUUAAUAAUUAUAAGAGUGGUUUUGAGUCGUAGCUUACGCGUAUUGGUUCACUUCCCCUCAUGUAGCAUAUCUCUACAGUUAAGAAAUGACUGCAGCAUUUCCUUUCAAGAUACAAAAUUCUCCCAAGUGAAUACACUCAAGUCUGAUUUAGUGCUUGCUUUUUUCACCACUUACAGUAAAAGAACCAAUUUCUGUUUAUAUCUUUCCCAUGUUAUUUCUUUGCUUUUCCCUCAGAAGAAUUGGGUGUGUGUAUUUUCUUCCCACAAAGUAGCGGCUACCAUAUGAUAUUUAAGUGUAUUUAGAACCCUCCUUAGACGCAAGCUAGGUAUUUAUAUUGAUAAAUGAGUUAUGGGAUCUAUAAACCAAGCUAACAUUACAUUCCCAUGACAUAAAUACAUUUGGGGAAACAAGUUGGAAUAUCAUUUACCUAAACAGAUGUGAAAAGAUGAGAGAAGUGAGGAAGCAUUGCCAAAGGUUUGGAAACAUUCCCAGUGUUCUCAACUUCAUCGCAGUGUACGCAUGCAUGCACUGCUGCUUCAUUAAGAAGUUGAGGAAUACCACAUCUAGACUGGUCCGUCAUCUUCAAAAUCAUAUCAUUCAAAGGGCUCAAGGUCUGUAGGUCAGAAAAGUGUGCAGUGUGUGUUAGGAUUUGAGAUGCUUGGUUCCUAUUUUGCUGUCAAAAUGAAAUGAUGCAGAUGUGCUUUGUUUGCUCGUCCUGUCUGUUUCUGUCCCACAUUCUGUGUCUCCAGUGGGCUCUGCUGCAGCCAGACCCUGAGUGUUGAGAAAGUCUGUUUAUAAAGUCAAUCCUCCCGCUGUGACCCCGUAGUUCCCACGCUAACUGCUGCCUUCUCAGGCCCUUUUCCACUUUUUCAUUCACAUGUGUGCGUACACACACACACGUGCAUCCACGCACACUUACACAAAGAUACACAAAGCUGUAAACAUAGCAGUGCUGUGAAUCAGGUUGAAUGUAAUUGCUAGAGGCCUGUGCUGCUGCAGAGCUUCCUGAAGUUGAUGAAGAACCCAUGGCCCUGCAUUGGGCACCAUUGAGCUUUUCAGUUUGAUCCUGUCCUGGGGGGGAGAAGGUAGGCUUUCUCCAUCUCUCCUUGUUUCAUCCUCUGGUUGUUUUUCCUUGUCUGCUUAUGCCACCCAGAAGCAAGUAGUUGUAAAAAACAUUGUUUUUUGGCUGGGUGUGAAUUAUUUCCCCCUCAUUUCCCCCCCAAAAAACAAAUCAGAACCUGCAUCUUCAAUAAUAAACAUUUUUUCUGCGUAAAAAGUGACUGUUUGUGUGUUUUGGCAUGGAACCAUUUUGGAGUUUUCACAAUGUGUCUAAGACUAAGUCAAAAAUGCUAGAUACCGCUCUACUUACUUUUCUACAGGGGAGAGAGAGAGAGAUCGAUCCAUUUUUACCAAUAAAAAAAUGAAUGGGUGAAACCAUAGUAGGCAUCAGAUCUAAAGGGUGUAGUAUCUAAGCUCUAGGUUGACACAGAAGGAGGCCAUGUGUUGUGUGCUUGUAUGACGCCUGAAGCCUUCUGCAGCCCCUGACAGGAAAUGCUGAUGCUUGCUUGCAGGAGGGUGUUUCCAUGGAAACCAAAGCAGGUGAAGGCAUUAACAGGAAGAGAAGAAGUGGCUCAGCUGGCAAAGGCGGGGUGGCUGGGGGGGGCGGAGACAGAAGAACGAGGUCAAUGCACUAAAAAGCUUGCCACAUUAAAUAGCCAAAAUCUCCCAACAACACUUCUACCAAAAACAACUCGGACUUAAAUAUCUUUUGAAGGCUUGCCUGUAAGAAAUCCAAAGUCAAGGUUAAGUCACUGUCUGGUUUAAUGAUCUUCCUGUGUUGGCGUGAGUAAACAAAGAAAGAAGCACUAUGUGCAAGCCGAAGAGGUGCAUGCUUAAGACUGCAUGGUUCCCGGGCUGCCUGCAUUUGAGGAGUGUCAGUAUUCAUUCCAAGGUCUCUAAGAAGGAUUAUAUUUAAGAAUUUGGAAGUUCUUUUUGUUGCCCGACUGCAUCUUUGACUUAAUCUCUGUGCAAAAGAAAACAGCUGAUCAGCCACCAUGCCAAUCCUAAAACAGCUAGUUUCUGGUUCCUCCCAGACCAAGCGCCGCUCACGCAUGGAUCUGACCAGGGAGAUGAUCAGUGCUCCACUGGGUGACUUUCGCCACACCAUGCAUGUAGGCCGCAGUGGUGAUGCGUUUGGAGACACCUCCUUCCUCAGCACCCGUUCAGGGGAACCACCCUCUGAGACCACAUCCCACCCCAGCUCUCCCCGGCCUGGCCUACUGUCUCGUACCUUCAGGAGCAGCAAACGCUCCCAGUCGGUGACCAGAGUGGACCAGCACAGAGACAACGCUCUGAUAGCCCACGCUGGGUCACCUACCUAUGUGAAAAAUGCCAUGUCUCUGCCCUUCCUCAAUGACGACGACAGAGGGGACAGUAUGGUGGCAAAGAGUUUGUCCUCGAGUCCUUUUAAGUACCAAGGGGACGUGGAUGAGAGAGGUGCAGCUGCAGCUACUCACUUCCUGGAACUAGAAGAGCGAAGCUUUGGUGAGCUGACCGAGCUUCCGGAGACCCCCCACCACUAUGGCGGUGGCAUGAAGCAUGCUGUGUCAGUAAUGUCUUUCCAUGUCGACCUGGGGCCCUCCAUGCUGGGUGACAUCCUGGGGGUGAUGGAGAAGGAGGACGACGAUCUUGGCUACGAGGAGGGCAAGAGCAGCGAGGGCCGUGCCUCACCACCUCUCAGCUCCCACGGCGAGGAAGAGGAUAGCGUGGAGAGAGAAAAGGAUGAGCAUACAGAGGAGCCGAUGGAGGCAGAGGAAGAAGCAGCAGAACUGCAGCAGCAGGCCUCCAUGCAUCCAAGCAGCUCUAUUGAUCUGGGGCCUGAGAAUGGAGGGCCCUACACACCAGAGUACACUCCUGAGACUCGGCCCAAACACUUGCAGCAUCUAGACAGCUGCUCCAUGUCCAGCUCUGGUUCUGCUGCUCUGGAUGAGAAACCAAACAGCCAGACCUAUGCAGGAGAUACAGACAGCGCCACCUUCAGUGCCCCGCCAGAGGAGGAGAGCAACUUCUCCUCUUUCUUGGAGGAUGAAGACGAUGAGAUCCGCGUAUGAGAUUCCAAAGCCUUCUAUGAAACUAGCAAGUCCUUUGACAGUGUGGAUUUGCACUUGAACAGAAGUAAGACACUGUCGUCGGUUACUGUGGGUAUGGAACUGUGAAGAAGACACGGAGUACUCCUACUUUGUAGGUCUGCAAGGAGAGAGUGACUGCUCCUUUAGGACAAGCCCAAACUCCAUCUGUCAGAAAGCCUUACCCUCCACGUUCUGUUUGUCUGUCAAUCUGUCUGAGGGAACUGACAUGGAAGAGCAGCCACUUUUUGAAUAUGGAACAUUCCAGAAGUAAGCAGGGAGGAUGAGUUGGAAAGAAACUUUUGUAGGAAAAACACUUUCCACAACUAAAGCUUAGUUCACGCUUUGCUCUCUCUCUCUCUCUUUCCCUUCUCACUUGAUGUGUCACAUGUGCUUUUUUUUCAUUUGGUUUGCCUCUCUCUUCUUGCACUUUCUCUCUCUGGCUGCGGGACAUCAAGAGGCCUGAGCUGAACAGAAGGCCUCUGUCACCACAGGAUCACUGGUAGGUAUCUUGUCACAAUAAAGGGGACUGUGUUUGGCACUGGAGUGUGAAGCCCUGCCUUGAGCCUCUUUCAUCUUAAAAUAUUAUUGUAAAGCGCCAUAGAUCUGUCAGAGUUUUCUCCCUUAUGUAACUCGGGCUCCUUGUGACGCUGCUCAAAGGCUGCCAUUUCCUGCUCUAAUACUGGACCACAAAGCCCCAAGCCCUAAAUUCUCUUCUGUUUUUGAUUCACUGUGAGCGCCACACAGGCUUAGCCUCAGUUUGAAUUUGAGAAAAGCAGGGAUGAAAGGUAAUGGAGACGUAUUGGCCUGCAUUAAAGCAUGAAGCAUGGUGUUACUACAGGAAGCCAGAGGUGUGAAGAGCAUUGUGUGGCGCACUGGAGGAGGACUGUGCACUGUUUGUUUUCUCUUUUCCAAUGAACAGAUUUUUUUUUUUUUUGUUGAAAAAAUCCAUAAUGAUGAUGAUGAGCAGAUUUCCGUAAACUGACAUGAAUUGGCCUACUUCCUUCUAAUCUGUUAUUUCAAGUUGAAACUGAAGAGUCUGAUAACCACUUCCUUCCUUGUUUUUAUACAUUCGAGCAGCUGCAGUGGUGCAACUGAACCUUGUAAAAUAUGUUCAUCCUCAUUAGUCCAGGGGCUGCCUUAAUGUGUAAAACAAUUUCCACUACUACUCACGAGCAGGGCUUUGGGGUAUGCAUUAUUGAAAAAUUAGUGUACCAGCAGGAACAGUUAAAACGGAAACUACUCACAUUUGGUAGUUAAAACCUGUUGUUUUUAUCUUUGAUUUAAAAAAAACUUUUGCUAUGUUUGUGUUUCUGUUUGAAGAGUGGAUGAAAAAGAAAGACGCAGCCAGCAAUAGAUGCAAGAGCAUCGAGAAAAGAUUGCUAUUUUUAUGCAAGUUGCAUAGUCAUUGCAGCUUGACUGUAUCUCUUGCAUCAUUAAAAGCCAUGGCCAGAAGUAUUGAGGCUUAGUUGCGCUGAUUGAUUUCACUGCCUUAACUGAAACUGACAGAUGUGCCAAAUAAUUAAAAUAAUUUUAGUAUGAAGCUCACUUUUGGGAGAGCCUGUCAACUCUGUCUGCCACUUCUUUCUCUGUAUGGGUAAUCGCUGUUGAAUUUAAGACUGAGUUCCAGCUUGAAGCUUAAAAAAAUAAAUAAAAUGGUGUUCUGAGAUGUGAUAUCAUGCAGGAGGAAAAAGGAGAAAAUGAAUAUGCAUAACUGGAUAUUUAUAUUUUCAAUCACUCAAACACUACAUAAUAUAUUCAGGUAAUUUCUAGGUUUAACAAUUUGGUGCGAAUGGGAAGUUGUCUGUGUUCUUUCUGUAUAAUUUUGUAUAUUAUGCCUUACUGUUGUCAUCUUUACUGUAGAUUUACAGCUUUUUCCCCCUGUAUUAUUCAAAAAUAACCUAUAUUUUUCAAUAAAAGAAAUCCUGAACAUCUUUA